AUGGCAGGAGCAGCCGCCAAAUACCGCCAUCUCUCGCGCACGAGCUCGCACCGACAAGCCCUCCUCCGCAACCUUGUAACCUCGCUCUUCGAGCACGAAUCAAUAUCUACAACAUGGCACAAGGCGAAAGAAGCGCAGCGGCUAGCCGAGAAGCUAGUCACCCUGGGCAAGAAGAACACGGAAGCCAGUCGGCGGAAAGCGCAUGAGAUAUUCUACCGUCCCCUCGAGCUCGUCCCCAAGCUCUUCGGCCCCAUCGCCUCCCGCUACGCAACCCGGCCAGGCGGCUACACCCGCGUCCUCCGCAUCGAGCCGCUAAAAGAAGACCAAGCGCCCUCCGCGAUCCUCGAGCUGGUCGACGGCCCCAAAGACAUGCGCUUCGCCAUGACCGCCCGCACCGUCGCAAACAUCCGGACCGCCUCUGCCGCCGCGAACCGGCCCGUCAGCAUCAACGACAUCACAGCCACCAACAUCAAAAAGGCAACGCGGUUCCGGGCGGGCGGGGAGCAGGAGCUGGAGAAGAUGGUCGGGGAGAUGGAGCAGCUUAUGCGUGAGGAGAAGGCGGAUGAGGAGCGCUGGGAGGAGGAGAAGGGGGACAAGGAGAAAAAGAGACGGGAUAGAGAUAGGGAGUUGGAGAAACGGGUUGAGGGGAGGGAGCCAAGGAGGAGGAGCGUGUAUCCGGAUCGUAUGUCGGAGAGCGGGAGAAGGGGAUACAAGAGGGGACGGUAG